CUCAAACCAACAUGAUCUCAUUUGCUCAGCAGCCUGCAAUGCCAAUUGGCCUGAGCUGCUUUUGACAGCCCACGAGUCCCAUUUGGUCCAGGCGGUAUCCAUGCAACGAUCAGCGCAUGCCAGAAGUCUGACAUCAAGGAAGGUCUCUGAUUGGGAACGAGCCCUGCUGGACGCGCCGUGCUCGACGGCAUCUUUGAAGAAGAUCUACACAGCUCGAAUUCAUGAGCACGCGAAGAGAAGUCAAUGGCAAGAUUCCUUGCAACUCUUUCACCUCAUGGCCGAGAAGAGCCUUGCUGAUCACCUUUGCCACAACGCGGCGAUCAACGCGUGUGGCGCUGGACAAUGGCAACAUGCCUUGCUGAUCUUCACACGCUUGGGCGAUCAGUCCAUCGCGCCGGAUCAGGCCUCCUACAACGCCGUGCUAGAUGCAUGUCACCAGACCGAGACUUGGUUGCACAAAGUGUAAGACUCUUCGCAGGUGGGCGGUCGCUGAGUUCCCAGGCCACACACUGGAACUGAGUACUGAGGUGCUCUCACGGGACGAAUGUCUCGAAAAGGCUUGCUUGAGAUCAAGCUGAGUCAAGGAGAACCAAAGACCCUGCCACGAGAAUGUAGAGUGGUGAAUACUUCUUUGAGCUUGCAGGUGGGAUUUCGAAGCCUGAUGCGCGGCCUCAUCCACCUCUCCCUCGUUUACAUCUAUAUUGAGCUGAUUUCACCGGAAAAUCAAUCGUUUUUUUGUUCCCUGAGGGAAUCCAAGAAGGAUCCUGUCCUGUAGGAUCAAGAUUUCUCCAGAUGAUAUGUCAAGCUCAGAAUUCAAGCACGGAAAAUCACUUUAAGUGCCCAGAACCAUGACAUACGUAGCUUUUUUCACAUCCAAAGCUACGCAUGCCGAGUUUUGUUUCCAGGCCUAUGGCGAAGUACUCUUCAAAGAGGCUUUGGAACGGAAGAUCUACGAGUUGAGUUGCGACGACUCGACGUUGGAUUUGCACCGCUUCUCUGCGGGCGCAGCCUCUUUGGCCGUGCGCCAGUGGCUCGCCACCCCUGGGCUUCGCCGGGUGCUCAUCACCGGCCACGGGAAGAUGCGAGGGAAGGGCUCCGACGCUCCGCUGCAAUCCUCUGUCUUGGCAUUGCUGAAAGAUCUGCAGAUUCCAGCAGAAGUGGAUGACCAGAACUUCGGACGUAUUCAACUGGUGGCUCUGCAGUCCGUGCGUCGGACUCUUCGGCCACCGGCGCCCAGGCGCCCUGGAGCGGCCCCAGCGGGCAGUCCCGCUUGCGCCAGUGAAAGAAUCGGAAAAGAACGGGAACAUGAGCUGAGGUCGAAUUCAGGAUCCUCCGAAGCGAAUCUCCGGCGCUGAAUGGCAAGACCGACCGAAGAUCGAC